AUGUCCACACAGAGCGCACACCACCUGGAGUCCGAGGCCUCGCACCUGCAGCCGGAGAUCCCGGAGGCCCCGAGCCACCGGCGGCGCCACACGCUUCCCGCCAGCGAGUUUCGCUGCCUCACUCCAGAGGAUGCUGCCAGCGUGUUUGAGAUCGAGCGUGAAGCCUUCAUCUCUGUCUUGGGCAUCUGCCCACUGUAUCUGGACGAGAUCAAGCACUUCCUGAGCCUGUGUCCAGAGCUGUCCCUGGGCUGGUUCCAGGAGGGCCGCCUUGUGGCCUUCAUCAUUGGCUCGCUUUGGGACGAGGAGAGACUCACUCAGGAGUCGCUGACGCUGCACCGGCCGGGGGGCCACACCGUUCACCUACACGUGCUGGCGGUGCACCACACUUUCCGGGGGCAAGGCAAGGGCUCCAUGCUGAUGUGGCGCUACCUGUACCACCUGGGGAGCCAGCCAGCAGUGCGCCGGGCCGUGCUCAUGUGCGAGGAUGCACUGGUACCCUUCUACCAGAGUCUGGGCUUCCACCUUGUGGGCCCGUGCGCCAUCACCCUGGGCUCACUCACCUUCACUGAGCUCCAAUGCUUCAUGCGGGGCCACAUCUCCCUGCGCAGGAACAGCGGCUGCUGA